AUGGAUUUUAUAACCAAGGGAUUAAUAGGUACUGGUGGGUGUUGGGGUGCUAGUGUCGGUGUGAAGAGAGGAAAAGUGGAUCUCUCAGUGUUCGGUACGAAUACUGGCAAGAAUCCUUCAACGUUUGGUACGAAUACUGGCAAAGGCACUGUAAUUGGAGCCAAGGCAAAAUUCACGAUUGGAGGGUCAAACAAAGGGGGAAGAAGACAAGGACGAGGAUUUUGGGGAGGACGGAGAGGAGGAAGCUGGCGAGGACUUGGGGGAGCUGGACCAGUAGGAGGAGGUGGGACAGGAGGCGGGUUUGGAGGCGGAGGCGGAGGUGGAGAUAGAGUGGAAACAGAGACUCUUCAGUGGACUAGUCUAAUCAUAAGCAAACUCCCUCCACCCAGUAAAUGGGACAUCCCUUCUUGA